GGAAACUCCUCUGCUCCCUGCCUGGCCCUUGCAAGCCGCCCAGCUCCAGAGAGCGUGGCCUUCUCAAGUGCAGCUCCGCGCCGUCUCUUAGAUGCGGCUGGAGAUGCUGCGGUGGGCUCGCUGCUGCUGCUGGCUGGGUGUUUGCCUCUCGCUGCUGGGGGAAGGGGGAGGAGGCAGCGGCGCUGCCGGCUGCCGGGGCGCCCUGUGUGGCGACGGCGGCGGUGAUCGAGAUCCGCCCAGACAGCAGUGCCUGGGGCCCCGCUGCUCGGGCAGAGCCAGCCGCCCGUCCCGCUCCUUCCCUCACACCGUCACGCCCGCCCGCGGCAAGCAGGCGCCGAGCGCCCCGCACGCUGCCCCUCUCCCCGCCUUCCCCUCCAGGAGCACGGCCGAGCUCAGCCCGGAGCUCCCUGCCCCGGCCGCUAGGGGCGCCGGGGAGAGCUGCCUGGGAGGGGACUGCGCCGCCCGGGCCCCCAACGGCACCAGCCGGGACUGCAAGGGCGUUGAAUGCAAACUGCCCCUGCGGCUCCGCCACAGGUCCCGGCCGGGCAGCAGGGCUCAGUGCGCCCAGCAGGGAGAGCCCUGCCCGGAGCCCGCCCUGCUCCGAGAGGCAGAGCGAGCCGCCCAGUUCCUCGCGGAAGACUUCGCCUACCCGGCCUCGGAGCUGGGCGUGCAGCUCACCUGCGACCUCAAACCAGGAGAAAAUGAAGUUCCAUCUGAAGAUGCACUAAUAUUACAACUGCAGCUUGCAAAAGGCCAAGAGAAAUUUGUUGAAAUGUUAAAAAGCCAACAGAAGAUAAUUGUGGAUUUGCAACAAAAACUUGCUGAACAACAGAGCACGUUAGUUAGCCAGCAACGAGAAAUUCUUGAACAACAAAGAAAAAUGUAUGAGCAAAUGGAUCUGAUAAAAGUCCAGUAUGGCAUGCUUUUCGACACAGUGAAACAAAUGUCAUUCCAGAGUUUGCAUGAGGAUAUUCAACAUUAUUUUGAAGCUCAGCUUCAAGGACUUCAGAACCAGGUCAGAAAUCAUCUCCAGAAGUCAUACUCUGUACAUAAAGUAGAAGUUGAUGCAAAAGUGAUUGAUGUUGGGGAGUCUUUGCUGGACUGCGGCCUUUGUAAAAGUGAUGAAUUUUGCAAUUUCCAAAAGACACCAUCACAGUGUGAAAAAUGCACCUUGUGCCCUGCUGGCUUUUUCCAAAUGUCUGAAUGUUCUGCAAAUGCCGAUCGGAUUUGCCAGGACAGAGACGAAUGCAUUGAAUCUCCCAACAUUUGUGGUGAGAGAAUAAAAUGCCUGAAUACUCCAGGUGGCUUCCGAUGCCUUGGAAUUGCUGAAAAAGAUGCAGCCUUGGGACUGUGUGGAGAGGAAUAUUUCUUUAAUAAAGAAAUGCAGGAAUGCCAGGCUUGUUCAGAGUGUGAAGACGGAAUAGUAGCUUUCUCUUGCUCCCCAGUCACUGACACUGUUUGUUCAGCAGCCAGCGAGAACAAGCUUUCUGAAUCGUGGGCUGCAAACAUUAUUUUACCCCCAGUAAAGUCUGGCACUUCUCAGGUCUACCCUGGUUUAAACUUGAAGAUAAAGGGAAAGCUUCACUGUGAAGUUGUAUCUGUUGAAGAUAACAGCCUGGUAUUCAGGCAACAUGGUUUGAUGUGGACUGACCUCAAUUUUGCUGUAAAGCACAACUGCAGAAACUUUCUCCAGCUGUCCUUGAAAUUAAAUGACACUGAGGAAGGCUGUGAACUGAGUGGUGUUCGUAUCGAACAACCAGAAGGAAAAUAUUUUCAGAGCACAAGUUUAAGCAGCGCGGCAGAGGUGGAACCAAGCCAAACUCUCUCUCUCUUUCUGAAGAGUCCAAAUCAAUUCUGCAAUCAAAGUAAAGACUUAAAUAUUUUUGACCUUAAUACUCCACUCAGUUUGUUUUGGUUGUCCCAUGAUACAGGUGCGGUGGCUAUGAGUGCACAGAUGUCAACUGCAAUGCACUACCAAACUAACUAUCGACCUACUUUUAAAGUUAUUUCCGUUUCUGACCCUUACAUGCUAAGUUUAUCUCACGAUGGCAGAGCUAUAAAGUUCACUGAAACAGGUGUCAUAAAAUUUGUUUUUCACCAAGCACUCUAUUCCAUGGGCCAUACAUGUGUUCGUGAAGGCUUUUCCUUGGUCUCUUAUAUCAAUAGGAAUGGUACUAACCGAGAAUUAAUGAACAUGUAUAAAUCUGGUGUAAAUUACAGAGACACAUCAAUAUCUGCUUCUGGGGCCACAAAAGUCAACAGUGGAGAUCUACUUAGCUUUGAGAUCCGUUCUCCAGCUCAAUGUAACGUUCGAUAUUUUGGAGACAGCUCUGGAAUUAGUAUGCUUAGCCUCAUCUGGAUCCCAUCUGCAGUUUCCACUGCCAUCUCAGCCACAGUCUCUGUUACACGACUGCCUACAGGAGCUGUCAGAAACAAAUUACUGGAUUUCACCCAGGUCUCAGCCAGUGAGAAACAAAUACAGCUUGUUUCUUCUGGAGAACUUGCUCAAAAGUACUUCAGAUUUACUGAAAGGGGAGUUGCUAGCAUUGCUUUUAAUUUAAAGCUGAUCCACUCAUGUAAUGUACUCAAAGUGACUCUAAAUCAUUUGAUCAGUGAUCAGAUGCAACCCACAGCAAUUGGCCAGCAAAUUGGAGGUCAGAUGCCUGAGGGAAGUAUAUGGACCAGUGUGUCCCUCCGCUCUUCUUUCGAAGUGCAUAAUGGGAUUGCUCUGUUGACAUCUUGGAUCGUAGUGUCAGGAGUCCAGCUCAGGCUCUACUUCUUACAAAGCAUUCUCUUGAACUCAGAUUUUGCAGGACCUACAAAAAUAUGAGGGAAGGUAAAUAGAAUAAAAUGCUAUUUAAAAAAAAAAAAAAAGUACUGAAAUUGGCAAGAGCAAAGACACCCAAACAAUCUAGGCCUGAUUUCAAAUGCCAUUGUCCCUUACUACAGCUGGGUAAUGCAAGGACUACAUGCCCUUGCCUUAGGUAUUACAAACUCAUCUUGUCAGGCUCUGACAUAGCGGUGUUUCCCGUAUAUAGGCAGAGAGAAAGUGUGCUUCAGACUAAAAGCAAAAGAGUAACAGCUCAGCAUUCAUGCUUAGAAUGUAAAAAAGAGGGUUGGUCAACAAAUAUAAUAUAAUUUUCACCCCCCCUCCCCAGCCCCUCAAAAAUGUAAGGUAAAUGACAAUUUUAGUGUUAUUUAUAAUGGAAAAAAAAAUGGUUUUAAGUGUCUCUGCGGGAAUGGGUGUUUCUUUCUCACUUUUUUUUUUUUUAGCUUCUUUCCCCCCCCAAAAAUGUGUGUGGAGGGAAUAAAAAAGAGGAAGCAGGGGAAACACCUCCCGCAAAAAAGCUUCUUAACCCCCCCCCCGAUCAACAACAACUACAAAAAUCUCAGAAGAAACAAAAUGAAACUUUUUGAAAUAAAUGUUUGUUCCACGAUGAUUUGUUGAGAAAAUAAUAAUUAUUAUUUUAUUUUUAAUUUUGGCUUAAAAACAUUUAAAUCAAAAAUGCAUCUUUUUGGUGAAAAUGUUCAGUCAGCUCUAAUAAGAAAAUGUAAUUAAUAGCAUUGACUUUUGUUUGCUCUUUUUCCAGGCCUUCCAUCAAACUUCAAAUUUUGACUAUGCUGUAUUUGGAUGGGAUUACAAUAUUUAUGGAAUUGCUUGUGUGUCCUAAUAUGGAUGUACUCAGUGAAAUUUUUUACAGCACAGAUCAUGUACAUGCUGUAAUUGCUUACUUUGUAUGUGUUUUAUGCAUUGGUUAGAAAUGGCACUAGGCAGGUACCAGUGAGUAUUAUAAAUAUUAAGGCUAAGGAAAAGCUUUCAGAGUAGAAGUGCUUCACUACACUAUGCUCCUGAUUCUGCACUCCUAGCAUUCCCAAAACUUUCAAGUCAAAGGCAGUUUUGGAUGCACUAUGGCCGGAAUGCAAAGUCUGGCUCCUAAGUGGUUAAACUAAACAUCACAAAUACUGCUUCUCUUUCACUAUUGUUAUCUCAGAGGAUGGAGGCAGAUUAGGACAGAUCACUUUCUCUCCAAAUACUUCUUUAACAAUAAUUUACAGCAAAUUUCACUUUCAAGUGGGUUGUAGCCAAUUGUUUCCUUGCCCUCCUCACUAAAAAUAUCCUACAUCUAUAUUUCAGUCCAGAUUUUGCCUCUGGUUACGCGAACGUAAGUCUGGAGAACUAGGAAUCACUUUUGAUUUACACCAGUGUAACUAAGAGCAGACUAUGGGCCUCCAUAUUUUUAUAUGUGCUCUGAAGCCAGUACCAUGUACUGUAUGACAUGAACACCAACAGUGCACUGUAAUCCUACACCAAAUAUUAUUCAAAAGGAAUUGGGCAUAGUGAAAAUGAACGUUAACGUUAUGGUACCCAGAAUGUAACCAAAUUGCAUAUUUUCCCUAUAAUUGGUUUAUUUUAUCCACUUUUGUUGACCAUUCUUGAACUCCUUUAAUCAAAUCAAUGUAAUGUUAACUCUUUCUAAUAUCAGAAUGCUGUACAUUGGAUACUUCAAGUGCAAAAUCCAUUUAUAAACAACAUUUUGCUCCAAUGCCGUGGAGUCCUUGCUCACACAGAGUGGUACUUUUCUCUGUGAGUAGUUCCAGUGCAGGUAAUUGCAAUGUAAGGUACUGUGCAGUAUGAACAAGGGUGGCAGAAUCUGGCCCAUACAGAUAAAGAUGGAUAAACAGAACCUAUUCUAAUGCAUAUAUGCAGCCCUGUAGGUUACUACUUUACAGUAUGUAUGUAACAUGCAGUAGUUCAUUGUAAUAAACUUGUCCAUUACAGAAGGGAAAUACUUUAGACUUUCUAAUGCUGCUUAUAUAUAGGAAAGAUAAUUUGGUUUAUAGCAGACUGCCAUUCCUGUAUAAUGACAUUCUGCUUCAAUGUGCGUUCUAAACAUUUUGCAACUGUAAAAAAUUUUAUCUGAAUAUAUUUUAUUACUUUUACAAAGUUUUUAUAUUUCUCUAGUGUCAAACCUGGAGGGAUAUCCUAAGUAUAUUUUAAUUUAAUAUUGUGUUUUUGUGCUUUCUGUUGGUGUUUAUGCAGAAUACAGUACAUUAUGAAAACUACAUUUAGUUUAUGGGUUUUUUUUAAUCAGGUAUCAUGUUUCCAAAUAUUACCUUGAUUUAAAAAUAUUGUUUGUAUUACAAUAUGUAUUAAGAACAUUUAACACAAAUAAAACAGACUGACUUGAAUGUUGCUUAAUGUCCUAUUACCAUGAUGGGG